GGAUAACGUGGCAAUCCGAAUGACGUUUCUUGACGUCACAAACAAAGUUAGGACAUCGACAAGUUUAAUUUUUGGAUUACGACUUUUACGUGUUACAUUUCGGCAUACAUUUGUCUUUUCAGGUAUUAAUACUAAAUUGUGUUGUCAUUAUGAUGGAAGAAGUGAGCAGUGAUGAUCAUAAAGAAGUCACCCCAGUAGAGGAGGCAAAGGAAACACCACCUCCAGGAGAUGGAGGCAGCGCUCCACCACCUGUUCCUGACAGUACUUCAUCCCUCCUGACUGGCCAGGUACCCCCUCCCCAACCCCUUGGAAGUCACAUCUACCCCCCUCCGCCAGGUCCUACCAGUGAUCAAGGAGCCAUAUCAUCCAUGGGACAGCAGCAGCCACAGAUCUUCACACCCUCACUACCUUCUGAGCCAGUGGGGACAUCAGGGUAUUCAGGGUAUGGGGUGGUGUCCAACCCUGACCCUCAGAGCCCUCCGCCAAUGGAGAUCCCCCAUCAAGCCAGCGCCACCAGUAGUACUCCCGGGAUUACCCCUGGCCUUCACCCUGAAUCCUUAGGAGGGGGUGCAGGAGGGGGAGGAGGAGGAGGUCUCUUUGGUUGGGGUAGUGGUAUCAUGAGAAAGGUCAUGGAGAAAACUAAGAGCUCAGUUGAUUCAAUGAUAACAACACUGGAUCCUGGUAUGGCACCGAUUAUUCGUUCUGGAGGAGAUGUGGACAUCAUCGUCGCAUCGGACAAAGAAGUGAAAGUGGCGGGAGUCCGGGAUGCAUUCCAGAAGGUGUUCGGUAGGGCAACGGUUACGGGUCUAGCUGCCCAGUCCAACAUCGCUCCCCAGCCCGAGGGGUACGCUGCAGGGUUGAAGGGAGCGGAGGAGAGGAUCUGCAAUCUCAGGAGAAGUGGAGAGGUGCAUGAGAAACAACCCAUGGUGUCGGUCGAGAGCUUCAUAGCGGAGCUGCUCCCAGACAAGUGGUUCGAUAUCGGGUGCGUCAUCCUCCAAGAUCCCUACCAUGGAAUAAACCUAGAGAACUUCACCCAGGCCACGCCCAUCCCCUCCGACGUGGUGGAGGAGGCGCAGAGACUCACCCCUCCAGACUACAACCUGCGGUGGUCGGGGCUUGCCGUGACCAUCGGCGAGGUCAUCGAGAGGACAAACCAGGGAAUUCCCCGAUCAGACUGGCACAGGGUAUUCACCGGGAUGUCCAGGCAAGAGAUGAUUUACAGUGCGGCCAUCUCACUAGCAGGAACGUACAAACUUCAGCUGUCCGGGAAGACGCAAACAAUCUGAAUUGAACUCUAGAGGGCGGUGUCUAUAGAGGACUUGACUGAUUGUACGCGGGAAUUACCACUGUCCAAGAGGAACUCGGCUCAAAAGUGAUGGUUGCUUUGCAAUCGAUGGUUUGAAGACUCUUUUUCCUAUGGGAAAGACUCAAAUGGUAUCGUUCCGCGAUUAGGAUUCACUACCUAGAGUAUAAGAUAUUAGAAUUAAUCCAGUCGAGGCAUGAAUUUACAGUUGCUAGAUUCAGUCAUUAUUACCCACAAUGUAGGCAAACAGUGCCAAUGCCAGGAUAGCUAGCUCUUUGAAAUCUGUUGAGUGGGUCGGGAAUUACUGUGAGCAAGUUUGCACUUGUAGCUACCUCAAUGGUAUGCAUGACAGGAGCAGGAGUCUCCAUGUAUCCCCCCCCCCCCCCCCAUCAAACCUGGGAACUGUCAGCAAAAAGCCUUAAACCUUUUGCCAAGGUUCCAUGUAAAUACAUUUUUUUUCCAUUGCAUAGGAAUAAACAAACACUACUGGAAAAGACUACACACUCACAGGCAGUCUGCGGAGAGCCUUUGGUAUCUCGUCGGCAGGGUAUUCAUUGUUCUGUAGCACAAUUGACCAAUCAAAAUGAUGAGCUCUCCUGCUCCACAUGUUUGAGUUGAGCCGUCGUGAAAGACGGCUCCUGAUUGGUUUCUACCAUUGGUAGCUACUCUGGGUAAAAUAUAUUGUUAUCAUCAUCAUUAUUAUUAUCACAUCGGUAGCAGAUUAGAAUUGAGAUUUAACAGGCUACCCCACUGCUUUAAGAGGAAGUUCUGCAUCGAUAGAGAAAAAUAAAAACAUAAGGCUGAAAAUUUCAUCAAAAUCGGAUGUAAAUUAAGAAAGUUAUGCAUUUUUAAGUUUCGCUUAUAUUUCACAAAACAGUUAUAUGCACAACUUAGUGAUAUGUAAAUGAAAGUCGAUUAUAUCCUUCACUCACUAUUUCUUUUAUUUUAUUGUUGGAAUAAACAAUUAUCAAUAUCUCAAUUUUUACAGAUUUGACAAUAAGGACCAACUCGACUUAACUAUAAACUGUUAAAAUAGUGGUAAUUCCACAUGUUCAGGGAGGAAUAAGAAUUUGUUUUACAUGACAGUGGUGAAAAUGAGAAUUUUUCAUAUUUGAUAGAAUAAAAUACAAAAGAAAUAGUGAGUGGGUGAUGUCAUCAGUGUGCUCAUUUUCAUGCCGACCAGGAUGUGCAAAUAACUGUAUUGUGAAAUUAAGCGAAACUUUAAAAUGUCCUGUCCUAACUUUCUUAUUUACAUCCGAUUUUGAUGACAUUUUCAUUCUUUUGCUUGUUGGAAUUUUCUCCUUUUAUUCAAAUCAAAUUUUUGUUGGGGUGGACUUGUCCUUCAACAAUUCACAGCUCCAUUAUUCUUUGACAGAUUUUCAUCAAACCUUUAACAGACAUUUUUCUUUUUUGUCGCCUUAAUUGAAACCAACUUAUCGUAAGGGUGAAGUUUCCCUUUAAUUCGCAGCUCAUCAGUAGUCUUUCCUCAUCAGACCAAAAACACUAUACAGCAGGAAGGCUUGGCAUAGGUACAUUUUUUAUGUCAAUUGACAAUCAAAUGCAAAUUUGUACUUGCAUUAUUGCAUUCUGGCUAUUUUCUGAAAUCAUUUUCUGAAAUCUAAAGGCAAUGUUACAAUAUUUGGAAUAUUUCCAUUAAAUUUUUAAUGAAAGAUUUUGAAUUCAUUGCAAAUGUGUGGCAUAUAUUUAGAAUUAGGAAAGAACCAGGACAUUCCAGGCCAGAAUUAAUCUAGCUAUGAUAUUAAAGAGACUGGUAAACAUUACAAAUGUCUCAUUUACAACAAAAUACCUGUACUUGAUGUGCGCUGUAUCAUGAUUAUGUUAUAGUGGGCGCAUCGUGUUCUAGUUGUUCUGACUCUCGCCUUUCAAACAGAGGGUCGUGGGUUCAAAUCCUAGACAUGGUAUGUUUUCCUUCAGCAAGAAAUUUAUCCACACUGUGCUGCACUUGACCCAGGUGAUGUGAAUGGGUACCUGGCAGGAUUAAUUCCUUGCAUGCACCGAGUGCCGGUGAUGGUAGCUCGAGCUAAAGCCGGGGCAAUAAUAGCAAGCGCUUUCCUCGUGCAUAAAGCACUAUAUAAAUCCAGCUAUUAUUAUCCCUUUAAGAGAUUCAAGUAUCACAUGUUAGUAUAUGGAAUAAAAUGUGGAUUGUGUCUACACGUAUACUAGUAGCCUCUUAUUUUUCAUUCUUUGAAGCGCAAAAUUAUGUUUAUCAGGUGCAAUUUUUUUGGAGCUUAAUUUUUAAAACAUUAUUGCACAAACAGGUGACAAGUGGGUCCUUGCAGCUCAAGAUUUUUUUAAAGUCAAAUCAGUUAAAGUGGUCGAGGUUAAUGAAGUGAGAUUAAAAAGUUUCACAAUGAAAAAUGUUUUGUCAUGGAUGAAUGGUGAUUUAUAGAUAAUUGGGCUUAUGAUUUUUAGGCUUUAUGAUACUUAGUGCUUCUAGGAAAAAUUAGGGUCUGCAUGAAAAGCUAUGCUUACGGCACACAUUCUUUUCCAGGAAUUUUCUCUACCUUUAGUUUUAAUUAUUGCCUGCAGAAUUUAGAUAUUUUUAUAAAUUGAGUAAAAAAAGAGUUAUUGUCUUAUGAAAUGUAAUUUCUGUUAUUGUGCCUUUUGAAAUUUGUGAAAUGAUUAAGGAAGUUCAGUUGUACAACCUUGAUAAAUUUUUGAUAAGGAAUCGUUUUGUGAGUCUGUUCGAAAUACUGUAUUCAUUCACCUGAGCUGCAUGUUAACUGAAAUCAGUAUGUUUAUGGCUACAGUGUGACAAAUCAAUAUAUGAAAAAAUUACGGAGGCAUGGGGUAACAAAGACAUUUGGGCCUGUUAACCAAUUUCACACCUCCAGAUUUCUUACAUCAAUCACAAUUUUGUGGUCCAGUGGUUAGAGCAUUGGACUCAUAAUCGCAAGGUUGUGAGUUCGAAUCCUCACUCUGCCAUUGCCUCCUCUUUGAUGAAAAGGCCCGAGAGUAAUAUCUGUCGUCUAUAAGGUCAGCCACUAUGACUGAUUAACCUAGACGUAAAAAUGUUUCCUAGGUAAUUGGUUACAUACCAGCUUGGCGUUUACCAGCAAAAAUGCUGUCCUGCCGAGUUCCUACGGGAGUUACCAUAAACAGAAACACAGCAACAAUUAAUUAAGCACGUGUAUUGAUAGAUUUUGUAUGUCCAAUUAUAAAUGAUAUUUUGUUAGAGCGCAUUAACAUCAGGUUUGUUACUUAAGGGUACUGCAUUGAUGAGCCAACUGUCUACAUGUAUGUAGAAAUAUACAGUGGUUCCAUUAGUGAUGCACCUGUAGGAUCAAGCUUGAUAGUACCCUGGGAGAAAACCAUGCAUGAUUCAUUAAGGACGCUUUCUAAAUAUUUACACUAAAUUGAAGCAUAAUAAAUGCAUGAAAUCUGCUUUAAAAGCCCAGCUCACACUAUGUGAUCCGAUGCAACGCGAAAAUCGCAAUUGUAUUAAAUGUGAAAGUUCAAAGAUGUAAAUUAUUUGAUUUCGAGUUCGGCAUAAUGUUAGGAAUAAUAAAAAUCCUAAUUUUGCUUUCCGGCAAGCCCUGUGGUCGGAAUUAAGUCAAAAUCGGCUUCAAGUCGUAGCCGGUGAUGACAUCAUUACGAUUUGGAUCUGAAUUUGCUUUUAUUCCUACAGGGAGGCUCAAACUGGACUGAAUAUCUGAUUUCAGUAGUCCUGCCAGGCUACAACUAUUCUGAACUCUGAAAGCCAAGAUUUUAUUGGAAUGUUCAUAUAAAAUGUUAUUAUAAUUCUUUGAAAUUUUGAUCGUCGCGAAUUGCAUAGUGUGUGCCUGGCUUUAGAUGACAGAUUCUAAAGCUCCUUUGUGAAUGUCAGACAUUUGAUUGACAAUGAUCCUCAAUUUAUUGUGCUCUACAUGUAGUAUGGGGUAUGGUAGUUUUAAAGCCCUUUUACUCAGAUUGUUGCCCAUUAAUGUGCGCAUUCCUACCUUGGUAGUGAAUACAGGCCUCUCAAAAAUCGUUCUGCAACUUGAAGUCAACUGAAAUUGAAUUUACAGAUACAAAUAUAGCUUCUGUAGCAAUUGUUAAAGAAAGGUGUAAUGUUGAGGACAUUUUGAAAAUCGAUUAACUUCCUCAAUUUUGAAAUGAAAUUCUAUAUUGUGAAAUGAUUACUAAAAUUCAAUUACUUUCAUUUGCAAAUGAAUUUACAGAUUCUUUUAUGGCUGCUAGCAGCAAUUUAUGUAAUAUGAAGAAGUAAUAUCAGCUACGUAUCCAGCAUCAGAUCCUACAAAGCAUAUCAUGUGCCCAAACAUUUCUUGGUCAUAGUUGAUGCUGGAUACGCUAUUGAAUAUCCAAAAUGUUCAGGGGAUUUCUUAAAUUCCUUUGUUUUCUCAAUGUAGACAAAAAAAUUAUUUAUGUGAAAUAUUUCAAUGUAUUAAAAUUACCUUUUUAAAUGUCAUGUACUUGUGCAUGUAUCUCAGUAUAUCUUCUUCAAGAAUUCCAUGUAUACUUCCGUUUGAGUGUCUUAAAAUUGGUUUAUAAAAAAACAUCAUUUUAUUUAUAUAUUAAAUUGUGGCUGUAGGCUGAGCUGAAGUAUUCAAUAAAAGAGAAAGAAAGUGUAAA